AUGAUGAACUCAGAUGGAUUUUUCUUUUUCAAAUUUGACUCUAAGGAGGGUAUGAAUAAAGUUCUUGAGGGGGGUCCAUGGUUGAUACGUAAGAUGCCGUUAUUCCUGAAUGUAUGGGGUCCGACAAUCAGUUUAAAGAAGGAUGGUAUUAAGUCUGUUCCUGUUUGGAUCAAGCUUCAUAAUGUUCCUCUUGCUGUUUACACGGAUGAUGGUCUUAGUCUUCUGGCUUCAAAAGUUGGUGUUCCCAAGAGGUUAGACGCUUAUACAGCUGAUAUGUGUAUUGAUAAUUGGGGUCGGACCAGUUAUGCUCGUGCUUUGGUGGAGAUAAAUGCAGAAAAGGAAUUGAAGAAUCAAGUAGUAGUUGCUAUUCCAAAGAUGGAUGAAGAGGGUUUUGUAAAGGAAAAUAUUAAAAUAGAGUACGAGUGGAAACCACAUCGAUGUGAUACUUGUCGUUUAUUUGGCCAUAAUAAUUUGUCAUGCCCGAGAACUCCGAAGGAUAAAGCAAAACAGGUUAUUAUUGAUGAGGAGGGGUACAUUAUGGAUAAAAGGAAAACAGCAAAGUAUGGUUUUCCACAGAAAAAACAAAAGCCGGAGUUCAUGUACAAGCCUAAGUCUAAUUCUACGGGUGCUAGUGCCUCAGGAACGAAAGAUCAGCCGGAAGCCAUAAGAGUGUCCUAUCCUGUGGACACUCAAAAUAAGUUUGAAAGUCUAGCAGAUGAUACUUUGAAAUCAGGUACAUUAAAUGAGUUGCAUUCUGAGGAGCCAAUUUAUGAGAAGAUUGAUGGAACAGGGAGUAGCCGAGUUGUUAAGAGUUCAAAACAACCAAAUCAGAGUAAUGCUGAGGAGGAGGGUUUUGUUGAUCCUAUCCAAACGGAAGUUUCGUCUUUUAUGAGUAUGAAGACAAAGAAUGAUCGUUCUGAGGGGGCAAGCACUCCCGUUGACAUGGAGUCUCACGUGGAGGUUUUAAAGCUUUCGAAAGUGUGUGGUAGAGUGUUUAAAAAGUGGGAAUGGACGUCCAAUGGAGGGGUAUGUAACAAAGGGACCAGAAUCAUUGUGGGAUGGAAUGAUGAUCGUAUUCAGCUUAUGGUGCUAGCUCAAACAGACCAGGUUAUGCAUGUCCAGCUUAAGUCUAACAUCGAUUCCAAAGUAUUGUUUGUGUCUUUUGUCUAUGCUAAGAAUACUUACCAAGAACGACGGGUUUUAUGGCAAGACCUAUGCAAGCAUAGGUUGGUAGUCAGGAAUCAACCGUGGAUUGUGAUGGGGGAUUUCAACUCGGCCCUUUAUAUGGAUGAUUGUUUGCAUGGAUCCUCCACUCCUACGACAGGUAUGAGGGACUUUUUUGAAUGUGUUCAACAUAAUGAGUUGCUAGAUAUUCCAGGCCAUGGUCUUCAUUUUACGUGGAACCAAAAACCUAGAGAUGGAAUAGGCGUCCUAAAGAAGAUUGAUCGGGUGAUGGGUAAUGUAAAUUUCCUAGAUGAUUUCCCGAAUGCUCAUGUGGUUUAUCACCCUUACCGAUUGUCGGACCACACACCAUGUAUUUUGAAAACGGCUAGAGAGGUUCGGCCAAAGCCAAAACCUUUCAAGUUUGCUAAUUUCAUUGCUACUAAGGAUGGUUUUAAGGAGUGUGUAAUGGCUGAAUGGAGCAAAAACAUUGUAGGUAUUCCGAUGCUCUCAGUGGUAAAAAAGCUACGAAACCUGAAACAUCCCUUACAGAAUCUUCUACACAAACAAGGUAAUUUGCAUGCUAAAGUUAAUGAACUUAGAUCUAGUCUGGAUGAAGUUCAUAAGCUGAUUGACCAGAACCCGUUUGAUGCUGAGCUUCGGGUCAAAGAAUCAAACAUUAUAAAGGAGCUUCAUAGUGCUGCUUAUGAUGAGGAGUCUUUCGUGAAACAGAAGGCUAAACUUGAUUGGCUUAGUGCGGGAGAUGGCAACACGACACAUUUCCACAAUUUUGUUAAGAGUAGGAAUGCAAGGAGCAAAAUUCACUCAAUUAAUGAUGCUAAUGGUAAUCAUUUUGAAGGUUCAGAUGUGGAAUGUGCUUUAGUUGAUCACUAUAUGAAGUUUUUGGGAAUCGAGAAUGAGGUUGAUGAUAUGUCUAUGGAGGAUUUGUUUUCAAAGACCGUUAACCCAGUUGAAGCUAAUCAUAUGAUUCGGCCUGUGACUUGUGAAGAAAUAAAGGCUGCAAUGUUCAGUAUUGGAGAUAAUAAAGCUCCCGGGCCAGAUGGUUUCACGUCGGUUUUCUUCAAGAAAGCUUGGGAUAUAGUGGGUGAGGAGGUCUCGGAUGCUAUUAUGCAGUUUUUUGAUAAUGGUAAAUUGCUUCAGCAGGUAAACCACACUAUAAUUGCUCUCGUUCCUAAAGUUCCUACUUCCUCUUCGGUUUUGGAAUAUAGACCCAUCUCUUGUUGCAAUGUCAUUUUUAAAUGCAUUAGCAAAAUUUUGGCAGAUCGAAUAAAAGGUAGUUUGGGUAGUUUGGUGAAUAUAAAUCAAUCAGCGUUUGUUCCGGGUAGGAGGAUAUCUGAUAAUAUUCUGCUCACUCAGGAGUUAAUGCAUAAUUACCAUCUUCAUAAGGGAAAACCAAAAAUAAGGGAAAACCAAGGUGUGCUUUCAAGAUUGAUAUCCAGAAAGCCUAUGAUACGAAUGGUUGAUUGGAUUAUGACAUGUGUUUCCACCGUUUCCUUUUCUCUGAGCGUCAAUGGGAAUCUUUGUGGUUAUUUCAAAGAAACUAUGUAUGUUGAAUAUGAAUGGUUCCCGUGUAGAUGUUCUAAAUGCUGUGUUUUUGGCCACUCGAUUGAAACUUGUCCUCAAACCCCAAAGAAGCCUGCUAAUGUUAAGAAGCCUGCUAAUGUUAAGAGGGUGGAUCAGAAUGAUAAGGGUCAAGUGCAUGAGAAUCGUUAUGCGAAGAAGUAUCCGGUUGUUGAUGAAGAUGGGUAUCAAGGGGUUCCGACUAGGAAAGUGGCUCGCAAACAGGGAUUCCAAGUUAAUAAACAAAAACAGAAAUUUGAAUAUAGACCGGUGAUUGCAAAACCGAACGGGGAGGUGAAAAAAGAUGCUUCAUCAAGUGCUGUUGAAUCUCAAAACCCUUUUGCUGCUUUGAAUGACAUUGAAGGUGAUGGGUUCGUUGACUCAGAUAGUGAGGAGGUUGUGGAGGGGGUUGAACCGCCCUCUGAAACAACAGGAGGUUCGGCAAAUUGUAAAGGAGAAUAA